AUCUGAGAAGAAAUCGCCCCGCGGCAUCAGUGCUGGCAAUGAGUAGUGAUGGUGAUGGCAGCGGCAGCCAGGGCGAUGUGUGCAGGGGUGCUUACCUGAGGGAGAUGGCCUGGUUUGCCGGUGCUGUGGCGCUCAUCCAGACACUGAGGACAAACGCCGAGGCAGUAUCUGGAGGUGGGCAUGAUUGCAGGUCGUGACUUGGUGUGUGAUAUGUGUGUUGAGUGUUCCUCUCUUGCCUGUCAGGUGGGAAGGAUUAUUCUGGACUGAACCUGUCGAACCAAGACCUCAGUGGUACCUAGAGAAGCAGGCAGACACUGCCAUAUAGAGCGGGUCCAUUGUGCGUGUGCAGGUCAGUCGUUCAUUGGCAAGGACUUCUCUCAGGCCAUCGCUGAGGGCACCAACUUCAAGGGCUCUGGUCGGCAAGCACACACAGAGAGAUGCACACACGUGAUGACGCUGCUGCAUAUGUGUGUGUGUGUGUGUGUGUGUGUGUGGACACGUCAGAUCUGAGCGGCACGCGCUUCUACAAGGCCAACCUCAAAGGAGCUGACCUCAGUGGUACGACGGAAGAAGAGGCACAACGAAACAGAAACUGCUGCACAAAUCGUGAACGAGCAUUCUCUCCUUUCGUCCGUCCAGGUGCCAAGAUGCGCGCCGCGUCUUUCGAAGCGGCGCAGCUGGACGGCGUCAGUCUCAAGAAUGCCGACGCCAGCUCGGCCUACUUCUCCGGCAGCUCCCUGGACAAGGUCGAGUCGAUCGAAAACAGCGACUUCAGCGAGGCGCUGAUGCGACAAGGGGUGAACCGUAUGCUGUGCGAGCGGGAGGAUGCGAAGGGCGUGAACCCGUCUACUGGGGUGGACACGAGGGAGUCCCUCAACUGCCCGUGACGCGGAGAGGGAGGGAGUGAGGGAGGGAUGGGUUGAUGAGAUGAUAUGGUUGUCGUAUAGACUCGUGGACGGGCAGAUUUGUUGGCACUGAGAUUGAACAUUGACUUCUUUUUGAUGGUUAAGGCCGUUGUCUGUGUCCACUCAAGGAGAAAGAAAACGGACCGACGGCUUCAUCCCCACCACCCCCUGACUCUCAGGUUGUCAGACGCCAUACAGCUCAAGCUGACAGAAAUCACAGUGUCA